AUGUCUGCCUUGCCUAUUCAUUAUACUAAUUUCAAGUGUCUACUAAAGACGCUGCUAAGCCCUCCGGGUGAUAAUCAUUCUACUAAAAUGAAUGAAACACCAGAUGUCGAGCAAGCCCGUAAUCCGGAGCUUGGUCAAUGCCAUCACCAACGACAGCAGUGUCGCGGCGAUGAAGGUCGAAGCAGCGAUAUUGAAUCUGCAUCUGCCGCAGGAUCCAAACCGACGCGUGUAGAGCCUGGCGGCAGCCUUGACAUAGCCGAGCUCCAGGCAUCAGAUUCCGCCUACCAAAUUACACCAGAGAUAGACGACAUCUUUUGCUACAUCACACGGAAAAGAUAUUCACGAAUCAAACGUGUUUGGAAAGAUAUAGUCUUUGCCAUCAAAUCGGGCAAUAGCAGCUUGGAAGAAGAACUAGCGAUACGUCUAGAGCAACAGUGCCAGGCUUAUUACGACUCUAUAUUGAAGCAGAGCUGGGUCAACCGCCUGUCAAGAGGCAGCAAGGCAAUAUGCGAAAAGUUUAUAUACGAACAGAAAAUCAGGCUUGGAGCGGAUGCAGAAUACAUUGAAGAGGAUCCGUCGUGCUAUAUUUUUUACGGGCAGCACGACGUGCCUCACGCUGCAGCGCGAAGAUUUCUAGAGUUCUCGUGGGUGUAUCGAUCGUUGGCAAUGUUCCAGAGAAAAACCACCAGCGGUCAAGGCGCAGACUAUAUUCAUUUUGCAGACGAAGUUAUUCUGGUCAUCAAGAUGUUGCUCAUGCUGUCGGUCAUUAUUAUCUUUGUAUAUGUGCCCGUGAUUAUCCCCGGGCUGGGAUUGGUGAGUUCGCCAGCCGGAGUCGCCGUCCUUUAUGCAGUGUCUAUAUCGCUGAGCUGCGUCGUCACGACAUUGACGCUGGAUGUCAAUACGGCGUUGGCGGUUGAUUUGGCGUAUGCGGGCUUACUAGGAAACGUCUUAUUCCAGAAAGGCGCUGCUUAA